GUCCGGUGAGUUCCAUGUAUUAUUGUCGUCGUAGGAUUUCCGCGGUCGUGAGCCGUUUUGACGUCCAUGACCUCGACCCCGAUUUCCACCGCCACGGCCUUGUCCUCGUCCGUAGCCUCCACACUGACUGGGGUUGCUUUCACCAAAGCCUGUGCCGCCAUGCUGUCCGCCAUAGCCGCCGUGAGUACCGCCAUGGGUGCCGCCAUGAGGGUUGCCGUCGGCUCGGUUCAUGAGGAGGGUCGUGGUGCUCGAGUCGAUUCAGUUUAUAUGGAUGUUCGACGCAUUAGAUAUGCUUACUCAGCUUUACCGCUGAGCGUGUAGUGUGUUUUAUUUACUACACGCAGCUUCCACAUUUUUCCCUUUUCCUUUUGUGGAAGCCUGGUAUAAUUUAACCAAAUGUUUUGCCGUUCGACAUUCAUUCGCCCAGUGUCCUUUUAUGCCACAUUUGUAGCAUUCACCACUUGGUUUUGGCUUUUCAUAAGUUUUAGCCUGUGGUGGUUUGAAUUUUCCCUUUUCUUUGGAGGAUGAUCCAUUUGGAUUUUUAUAGCCCCUAUUUGGCCCUUUGU